GUCGUAUUAUUAUUAUUACGUGUAUAAUCGUAUCGUAUUAUUAUUAUUUAUCGAGUGAUAAAUAAAGUGCAAUAAUGCAAAACCAAAUUUGGACGGACGAUCAGUCGAAUGAUUCGUCCGAUUCCGAAUGGAAUCAAUAUAUUGAGAAGAAUUCGCUAUUUUUCGUGAAAUUCGACCUAGUUUGCAGUUCCAAAUCGAUGAUAUUCGAUUCGAUUUAUUUCCGCAACGAGUUUCGCCGACUUUCCAUUCGAAAAAAGGAAAGCAUUUUAUCGAGGUUCGGGCAGCGGGACAAGAGCAAACAUAAACUAUUUCGCGUAAGCGUAAUCGAUGCGUCGAAAAAAGAUCUGAUAAAUGGAGUCCAGAAAGAUAUCAUAAUUAGCAUCGCACCCAAAAAAAAUAUACUUUUAAAAGAAGUUUUGCCCUUGACCGAGACUAUUCUAGGAAUCACAACAAGCCUCUUUCCUGAUGGACGCAAGCUGAUGGUGGAUAAAAUCAAAGAAUACUCGGUAUUCACGAAGGGUAAACUGGUUAAAUCCAAAGACUGGAUAAAAGCAAUUGAUACAGAAUCAGUGACUGUGGAUAAUUUCGAAUCCUUACUGGAAGGAUCAACCAAAAUUCCGAGUAUCGUGAAAAUAACAUUUUUUGAAAUGAUCGAACCCGACAUGAGUAACUCUAUUGAGAUCAAGAUAACCAACUUUAUGGAUUUGAUACAAAGUCAGGAAACGUUGUUCGAUAAGGAAGAUAUUCAAACGAUGAGUAAUAACGAUCUUAUAUUCAGCAUGAUUUACAUUUCUAAAGAAUACACCCAAAAUGAUGAACUCGACGUGAAAUUUUGCUAUCCUACACGCGAAAACAAUUGUCUUUUCAAUUCUAGAGGUAGCUUCGUAACACUACAUUCAAUAUUCAACCAUUCGUUCGAGCAACAAUCGGUUAUGACAUGUUUGAAAAUAAGGAACGUGCUAUACUAUACAACCUACACGAUGGUGGAUGAUGGCAUUUUGUUGUUAGGUUUCAAUUCCAAAUACUCAUCUGUGUUUGCGGUGAAAAAGAAAAGUGAGCAGAUCUGUCGCUGCCUUAACGCGCUCUACCAGAGUAUCGGCAAAGCUUUCAACAAACCUGUGGAUCAGCUUACGGAGUUAAUGCAGCUGUGCGAAAUGAUACGCCAUUCGAUCAAAGCCAACAGGCAUUGCGAUAGGUUCGAAAAAACCUUUCCGCAAGCACACCUUGUACCUUUGCCGAAGGAAAUUCAACUACGCAUUGACGACGCCCUGGGAGAAAUAGAAGCAAUGGACUAUCGCAACUGGAACGAUGAUUUUGUGGAUCUCUUUUGCAUGAUGACUGUGAUAGGGUGUGCACUUUACUACAAACAACAACUAGUUUGUACACAUCUUAGCGGGCAAUACGUGAUGGAUGUGGAAGCAGUGUUGAAAAAUUUUGGAAUAUUUGAGUUGUUUAAUACUACCGAUGUAAAAAACUUGGCCAUUUGGAGAAAGUUCUAUCCAAAACAAUACUGCGAAGAAGGCUUUCACGAGAAAAACGAUGCAUACUUAAUGCUUGCGUCGAUCGGUAGCCUUCUGAUGGUGGUGAUUUUAGAGGUUCCAAUCGAUACAGCCCACAACAAAUCAUUUUCGCGAUACAUCGAUGAAAUACAAGAUAUGCUGAAAUACUUCAAAUCUACGGGAAUUGAGCAUCUCAUUCGGAUAUGGGUCGAGUCCAACAGACGACCGCAGUGCGUUUCGAGUAAUGUUACAAACAUGGAGCCACACCAGAAUCUUGCUCCAGGAUUGAAUGAUGAACGAUCGCAAAUCGCAAAAGCACACGAUGAAGAAUCGAACGCAUCUAGCUCGAUUAAAACUCCGCCUGCUCGUGAAGAAAAUUAUACAGAUCACGAUGACGACGACGACUCGGAUUGGGGCCAAAGCGUGGACAGUCAACGGAGCAGCAGUUUCGACAUAACUGAUUUGUCGUGUGAAAGCCGAUGUAAAGAGUUUUCCGAACUCGUACCAACAUUGAUUACUUGUGGUAUUGAGAAUCUACUUUAUUACUACGUGCAAUUAGAAGCGGGGGCAGGUUGUUUCCUAGCCCCGACGUUCAAUGGGACAACAACACCGAAAACUGAUAUAGUGAUGAACCUGUUUCGGAAAACCUGUACCAUCAUUCACACGACCUUCGAGAAUUCAAGAAAAUUUCGAACACUCCUCAUCAACGAGUCUAGUAAACUAAACACUCAGCGUUCUCUUCUGCCCAUCAAGGAACAAGGAAUACGCUUAUCUCUCACAAAAGAUCAUAUAUCCGGAGAGCGGUUAGACGUUUGGGUCAUUGGAAGGCUAUUUCACAGUCCAUCAAAGGAGUUGUACGUUUGUUUACGCGCAGAUGCCCCCCAAAAUAUGGUGGAGCUUGCAUUUCGUAUUUGUUUAACUUGCGCGGGGUAAAAUACUGGAAGCGAGAAAUAUUGAGUCUUUGAGGGCUGUUUGAAAAUAAUUAAUGUUUAGUAUUUGUAUUACAUUAGAUAAUUAUUACUAUAAUUUCAGCGCGCGAGUGUUGUAAAUCAACAAAUUAAUCAAAAAACCCCAAGGAUUCGUUGGGGUCAAAUUCGUCCGAAAAAAUUCAAAAAUAUUUUAGGUUCUAUAAGUAUUUCUAUUUAGAUUUGCAUUUUUGCAGUUUAGCAGAAGUAUUAGAAGCUUCUUGAAAUAUCAAUCUAAUUAAGACGGAAAUGGCAACCCAAAAAUACAAAGCAAAAAUCCUCAAUCACAUUGGAUCCGUCCAUUUUUUCCAAUUCGAGUUUGUUAGGUGCGUACUAUUAUUUAACAAGAAAAAUGUAAAUUAGAGUUUAUUCAUUCAAACAUAUGUGAGACUGUGACAUAAAAUGAAUUAUUAAUACCACUGAUAAUAUCUUUUAUACCUGCCACUUUACUUUGCUCAGCAAAUCUGAAAUAAAUUAUAGUAAAUUUUACAGAAAACACAAAUAGAGCAUGGAAAGCUUUUUGGCUUUUGAUCACGUCAGGAGGUUUAGAAGAAAAUUAUUUUAUUUAACGAGCUAUAACAUUUGCAAAAGGCACUUUUUAUUGAAUCGAUUUCCAAUUGAAGAUGCUGUAGAACAGCAAGUAGUGAUCAUGGUUGUUAAAUUUGUAUGCUAUGAUUAUCCCUAAAAUUACCGUGAUGGAAUUUUUCCCUGUGCUCCGCUAUAUAUACUACAUAAAUAAGUGGGAUAGCAAAGCAUAAAGCUAAAAUAAAAACGAGCAGACAUAUCC